AAAAAAAGAGAAAGAAGAGCCGAAAAAGGGUUUUGCCCUAAUCCUUCACCCCUGCCGCCCUGCCGCCGACCCCAGCCCCAUCCCUUUCCUUCCUCCUCUUCCCUUCCCUUCCUCCUCUUCCCUUCGAGCCAUCGGAAGCCCCCGCGUGGCCACAUCGAAGAUCGGGUUCUUCAUUCUUCAGAAAUCAGAACCCUCCUCGUCGCCUCUUCCUCUUCCGCUUCCGCUUCCGCUCUCCAAACGAUGGAUCAGUAAUCGGGUUGUUCUUUACAAGAAUUUUUAUGCUUUAGUUUCUCUCUCUCUUUCUUUCCUUUAUUUCAUCUUCUCUUAAUUACUAACUGUAUGGUUUUGAUCAGUAACAAGACCAUGACUACAACAUGUAGCAUCAUUGUAAACAUGCAUUUGUUAAGAUUCAUUACUUCCUUUUUAUCUUUAAUCUCUACAGUAUACAUGAAUAUGCCCAGCAUACAAGAAUAAUCAGCAAAUAAGGUUUUAAGAAUUAAGUCCUCAAAAGGUUUGAUAUGCUCAGCAGGUUUGAAAGUCACAAGCAUAUGCAUUGAUUAAAAACCAAGGGAGAUCUAGCAAACUUAACAAAGGUACAUGGGUGUUAAUUGGCAAUACUGGGAAUUUCCGAUAAAUUUGGAGAAAUAGCAAUAUGGAGAUACAGAUUUGAGUUUGCUAUUUGCUUAAUUAUAUAUUUAUUUUGGAACAUAAUACAGUUUGCUAAUUUUUUACUUAAUUAACUUAAUUUUGUAGCUCUUUAUUCUUAUAUUCUUAAGAAUUAUGAGUAUUUAUACUAAUUGCAUAAAACUUGAGAAAAAAAAAAAAUUUAAUAGCCGAAUUUUUGAUCCCGAAUUUUUAAUUAGUGAACGUAUAAUAUCCGUAUAAAUCACGUAUCCGAAUAAUUGGCGAAUCCGUUUUUUAACCGUAUUUUUCAACGAAUUUAAAAAUUAAUAGACGAAUUCUAUCCGAAUUAUAUCCGUACCGAAUUUUUGCCGAAUCCGAAUUAACUAACUAUGGCAGCAAUAGUGGCGUAGUCGAGGCCUCCGCAGUAAGAGUAAUUCGUAUAGGAUAGACUAUUUCAUCUCUUUUCAAGAUCAUUUCUCUGCCUUUUAGGUAUUCUUCCUUCCUGUAUGAAGCGUGGCUCACAUAUGUAUCAUUCUUGAUCUCUAUUAUAGGUUUUUUGUACCUUCCUGUGCUAGGGUUCAACUAGGGUGCGUCAGCAAUGGAUCACCAGUUCGGCGGGUCAAAUUGGACGAUGAUCCCCACCCAGAAUCCUCUCUCCCAGGACCUCCAUUCCCUCCAUUACCCCCAACAGCAGCCGCCCCUGCCUCCGCAGCCGCAGCCGCAGCCGCAGCUGCAGCAGCAUCACCACCAUCCAUCACUGGCAUCUCACUUUCAUCUCCUUCACUUGGUGGAGAAGUUGGCGGAUGCAAUCGAAACUGGAACGAAGGACCAGAAUUUUGAUAAAUUGGUUGAUGACUUGACCACCCAAUUUGCAAGGUGUCAACAACUACUGAACUCUAUAUCAGGAACAAUAAGUAGCAAGUCUAUG